ACAUGACUCGCUCCCUCGCAGCCGCCGCUGCCAGUCUGCCCGCCGGGGUGUCAGAACAAGCGGCACCUCGCCUCCUGCGUGUCCCUGCAGAGCCCGGCAUAAUUAGACAACCCCAAGCCGGCUCGGAAACCCGAAAUCCCUGCUCCGGCGCUCGCCCACCGCAAAGUUGUUGAAACAGCCUUCACUCUGUUUAUCCUCCUCUCCUUCCUCUCUCGCUCGCUCUCUUUUUUUUUUUUUCUUUAAUCUCACUCAUACACACGCACACGCGCCCCCACAGGGUCCCUCUCUGGGGGUGCAAGUUCAUCGCCUCCCACCAGGGUCCCAAAGGCGCCUCGCGCGACGCGGAGCUUCGGACCCCGCCUGCCCGGGGCUCUGCGCUCCGAGCCCCAGGGUUUCGGCCUCCAAGAAAGUGAAUGCCCCAGCCAGGGGCCAGAGCCCGGACGCGACAACCAUCUCUAGGAGGCUUGGGGGCUCAGUUUCACCCCGAUCGGCUCGCAAGGGACGCCCCCCCAGCCCUGAAAACAAAGCGACUGGUCUGCCAUGGAGUCUCUGCACACUGCAUCGCGCAAGACGCAAGUCCCCAAAGAAGCACCCGUUCCCUUGGGAUGUCACCCCUCGCCGCAUCCCUGGGGUGGGUGGGGGAGGGAGGGCGAAAAGGGAGGGCCCGCGAAAGGGGAAAGAUUUAAAAUAGUCUACAAAAAGGAGAGAAGGAAAAGGACGGUUGACACAUCGUUCAGGUUCUGAUUUCAAGUGAAGACCCCCGCCGCUGCGCCCGCACAGAGCUGUGACAUUCCCAGCUCUAAAUGCCAAAAAGAAAAGAGAAAAGAAAAAGAAAUGGCAAAAGCCGAGGCUGCCACCUAUUAUUUACUUAGGCACCGUCAAAAUUGGUCGGGCAAAAAGAGGGAAAAGUGGAACAGGGGCUUCGAAGGAGGGACAUGGAAGAAGGGAGCGUCCUUAUCCUCCCUCUCCAGCUUCUCCCCUGCGUUUUUCGGGCGAGUCGGAGAGGCGGGCGCUGCGCUGCCGAAAGUUUGUCCCACCCGCAUUUGCCGCUGGCUGCGAGGAGAGGAGGAGGAGCGGGAAGUAGAGCUCGGUGCCUGCGGCCGCGAGAAUGACUGAGCCAGCGCCGCGCUUACCUCGCAGUCCUCGUACUUGAUGUUAUCCGUCAGUUUCCAAAGCAUUUUCAUGGAUCGGCGUGAAUGGAUUUGCCCCCUCUCCGCCUCGCACCCAAGUGGAGCUACUCUCUGGCCUAAUCGCCUCAUUAGCAUAUCAACAAUAGUCCAAUUGCUCGCCAGCUCCCCAAUCUGCCGCCGGCCGCUCCGACCCAGGUAUAAAGGCCUCUCCGAGCUGCGAACUUGCUGCUGGAGCGCACGCCUGCCUGGGAGCCCACGAAAUCUCCCCCGAGCUCCGCCGCGCGCCCCUGCCCCAGCACCCCCGCCCCAUGCCGCCCUUCUCCUCUCUCCGGCUCGUCCUCGAGGGAGAUGCUCCGGCGGAAGCCUGGCACCGCGCAGGGUCCCAGCGGCCGUGCCGGGGGCCCGGCUUUCAGCACCUCUCCCCCCAUCCCUGCUUCCACAAGCGGCUCUGUCCUUUCGGCCCCGUCCAGUUUUAUUAGAAAUCAUUAUCGCUUUCGCAGUGAAAAAUAACCACCAAACCAAGACCGGCGAAGUCACUCCAGGAUUUUUGCCCAACAAGAGAUCGCCUUCGCUCGCGGCAGCCGACGCCUCCGGCCGCAGCACCCUGGGAGUUUUAUUGGCUUUGAGCCCCCCCCAUCUCCCUCCCCCCCAGGUCGGAGAUUUUGCCAAACGGCUUCAGUCUCUCGGCUGGGGUUUGCGAUCCUUUAAUUGCCGCGUGUAAAAUAAAAAGUGUACCCUGAAGAGGUUACUUGACAGCUCCAGGAGUUAAAUGACUUUCCUCUCAUUCGUGUGAAACUAGGGCCGACUGCUAAUUCAACGUGGUAUUGGGCGAAGGGUUUCCUGGGUGCGAUGUGGACAAGAAGACAGAACUCCUAUGGAGAGUCACAGUCGCUUCUGGAGUUGAGCCGAAAUACCGGCAUGUGUGUGCCGUGUCAUGCAUGCAUCAAAAUAAAUCGCUGGGAACCAACCCUUCGCAGUGCUAAUCUGCUCCAGUUUUCCCAAGAUUCCCCUUUUUAAUUAAAGCAGGGAGAGUUCCUUCAUGAUUUGGGGCUGUUACGAACGCGGGCGCGCUCGCGGCGCAGUGCCCGGCUGGCGCGGAACCCGGAGGCCCGGGAGCCACCCCCUUCUCCAGGUCGGCCAGUCUAGGCGCUCCCGCUCCACCCAGGGGUCUGCUCGCCCCGUCGGGGCUUUAUAUCUUUUCCUUCCGCGAAGCAGAAUUUUAAAAAGAAAAGAAAAAGACGUGAUGUGAUCCGUGGAAAUACAGAGUAAUUAAUUUCUC